CCGGCGCGGCGGGCGCGGGCUCGCGGGCGGCGGCUGGACCGGUGCGCGGACGCGGACGCGGCCGGAGCGGCGAGGAGCGGCGCGGCUCCGGCGGCGCGUUACUACAUGGAUUCCUUUGAGCAACUCAGACCAGAAGAUAACCAGUCAGUAGUGAGCAGAAUGCAGAAGAAAUACUGGAGAACUAAACAGGUCUUUAUCAAAGCAACAGGAAAGAAGGAGGACAAGCAUGUGGUUGCGUCUGAUGCAGAACUGGACGCUAAACUGGAGGUUUUUCACUCCAUCCAGGAGACAUGCAAUGAACUUGUGAAGAUAGUUGAGAAAUACCAGCUAAGACUCAACGGACUAGGGCAUGCACAUGCCAGAUCAUCUUUGUGGAAGUCUGAGGACAACUUGCAGGAGCCAAUUCUUUCUUCCCAUCCUGUGGACUCUGGGGAUUGAACUCAGGUCAUCGUGCUUGGUGGCAAGUGGGUGCUGCUACCCACUGGCCCACUGAGUUCUGGAUCUGAUAAUGCAAGAAUUGUUUCUGUUGCCUUGUGUGUCCCCAAGCCCUAAAAACAGUAUCUAGCACGUCUUCAGUAAGCAUUUGCUCAUUGUGUGGCGACUCUCCCCUGUAACCCCAGCAGUCAGGACGCUUGAGGAGGAGGAGGGUCACUGAGUGGGAGGCUAGUGUGGAUACAGCGUUAGGCCAGGUCAGCCUGGGUUAAAGUAAAAUCCUGACUCCAAAACUAAAUACAUAAAUCAAUCAAUAAAUAAGUGCUGCCUUCUGAAGCUGUAAGUCAAGCUUACCAUUUAUAAUCAAAGCUUAUAUUGAAGAGGCACUCCAACAUGGCAUCAUUAGGCAGGGGUUUGUGUGUGUGUGUGUGUGUGCGUGUGUGUGUAUGUGAAUAUGCCAUAAAUACUAUGACAUAGUUGAACUUACCGCAACAAAAUAAGAUGAU